AUUGUUGCUAGUCGUUUUUUGUAAUGAUCAGACUUGUGCGCCGGUAAUGUCCGCAUGCUCACCUUCCCUGAUUUCAGUUUUAAUUUGUUUCUAAGUAGUAACUCGUAAUUGUUAUUUGUAGUUAGUUUAUGUAUGAAGUGUAAAAUUAGAGAAAAGUGGAUUCAUUGCAGGAUAUGGGUGUUUUCAAGUGGUUGCGCCGGGAACGUGUCACAGUGACCACACGUCACGUGAGUCCCGAACCGAGCACACCAGAAGAACAAUGCGAACAGAGUUCAACACAUGCUGUACAAGGUCACAAUCAGGUUGGCACUAUAAGAACUGAAGAGUAUAAGAGGGAUUUAGCCGAGUUCCAAGCGAGAAGAUCGACGGGUAGCAAAGACUUGCAACUAACACCAGUGAAGAAAAAAUGUGGCCGACAUUCCCUACCCGUGUCCUGCACAGACUGCACCGUGGACCACGAUAACACAUUCAAUUACGAAAAGAAAUCAGGUGCCAAAUAUAAAAAGAAGUCGCACAGACGCGCCAGAACCGCCAUGUCUGACGAAAAAAUGUAUGACGCUGUCCCAAACAUACAGUUUUUAUUUCAAAAUCAGGUGUUCAUGCCUGGCAAUAUGCUGGCGACGUCUACUUACUCGGAACCACAGAAAUGUAAACGUCAGAAUCGUCACAGAUAUUUUAACCGGCCACCAGAUUCUGACUUCCUAACUCAAAGGCAUAUAGACUUCAAAGAGGACGAUCAUAUAAAAUCGCCAGAGUUUCACAAGAAGAAUUCGUUACCUUUUGACGUCAAGAAUUUCUUAGACGGUCAUAAUAGCAAAGAAGAAGUGGACGGCGCUAAACAUGUGUGCGACAUGAACAUAUCUAGUCAGAAUUCGUCCAACGGAAACGGCAAAAACGAUAGCGGUGAAGAUAAAUUAAUGGAGGUGAUGAGCGAAUUGAAAAAUUUCGACCGUUGGGCUGACGAGCAAUUGCUUCACACGCGGUCACCGACGACGAAGUCAGAUGACACAAAAAGUGACACAAGCGCAUACGGCUUACCUAUAGCAAGUGCAAGUAACAUAGAUGUGACGGCGGAUAGAAGCAAGCUGUGGAACCACGGGAAGUGGGGUGUGGUGCCCGUGCAGAUAAAGAGGCUGCCCGGAGUCACCAUCGAUCACGUCAGGAAAAAGCGGAACACGGAAAUAAACAUACUCAGAAAAUGUCGCCAUCCCAACAUAAUCCUCUUGAUGGGCCUGUACCCCGAUGUCCAUGAUGGCGUCAACAUAGUCUGCGAGAGAUGCACUGAUUCCUUAUACGGAAUUCUACAUAUACAGGGUCGAAUCUUAACGGCGCAAACGUCCGUCCAGUACGCGUUGGACAUAGCGAAUGCCCUUGUAUUCCUCCGCAUGCAAGGGUACAUACACUCGGGGCUCAGUAGCGAAGGGAUUAUGGUGACGAAUCGGGACGCUGCAAAACUGGCCGACUUGUCCACUUGCCGACGACUGGCGCGGUCUACCGCCCACCCGGACAAGGGGUACGAACUGUACUCGCCAGAGCCGCAAUACGUUAACAUCGAAGAUACUCGUCAAUCGAACACAACGGAAAGCGAGCCGUUACUGUCCAAUCGUUCGUCAGAGGCGUACCUCCAGGCAAACGCUGUCUCUAUUGACUAUGAGGUGGUGAGGAAGUCUCCUCACUACCGCUGGCAAGCGCCUGAACUGUUCCAGCCCGACGAUGAGGGCUUCGUGCAAGCAUGCUCCAAGUCUGACGUCUACUCUCUGGCACUGAUACUCUGGGAAUGUUGUAAUGCGGCCGUGCCAUGGAAGUCGUUGUCGUACGAGAAACUGAAGGAGUUGUACGUGCUGUGGAGCACCGGGCUUCGGUUGCCGACGGACGGCAGCUACCCCGGCAGUCUGCUGGCGCUGCUGCAGCAGGCCCUGCAGCUGCAGCGCCACCAGCGCAUGCACGUCAACGAGAUGCAGCGUACACUGCACACCGUCAAGUGUAACAUAGAUGAGAUGGAAUACAUCGUUAUACCGGCGAGGCUAUCCAAGAAGAAGUCUAACUUCAGUUCACCGUGGGACACUACCUCGCCCACGGACUCUGAGUGCCUCAGUUCACCGCAAGAGCUCAGACAUAGAGCCGUAGUACAUAACGAAGCCAGCUCAGCCGACAGCGAGAAAGAAUGCAGCAAAAGUGACGCUAGCCCCCUCUAUGAAGUCAUAAAUAAGUCCUCACCAGACGCCGUCUACGCCGUCCCAGAAAAGAGUUUUGUUGACGACGAAGACACUACUGAUCAAAAAAGGCCAUACAUGAAGUAUGAUCACUUACCUGAGAAAGACUUUUCCAGUGCCUGCUCAACCCCAAUAGCAAAAAUCAAAGCGAGAAUCAAAGACAUUGGAACCCCAGGCGGCUUGCACAGAAGCGAUUCCACAGAAUACUGUAGCAUUCUUAGUCCCAAUCGCACAAAUCAUUAUGCUCUUAACGAUAAUUCAGCUAAGGAUCAGAAUAAUGUCGAGAGACCAACAGCGAAAUUGAGCAGGAGUUUUACACCAAAGUCUUAUAAGCCGUUGCAUAUUAAAGUACCAGAAUGCAAUUUGGACUCUAUAAAGUCUAUAUUGAAAGAACAGAAUGGCUCCGAGAGGUCGUCUUACAAUUUUGAUAUUAAGAAUUACAGUUUACCGACUACACCUAUCGCUCGCAGUAACAAAUUAAGGAAAAACGCUUGGCUGUCUGGUGACAUCAGUUUGACGAGACGAAGCACGGAAGUUUUGGAAGAUUCGAACACAAGCAAUAAAGAAAUUGGCGAAAUCAUAUCAACGAGCCUAAAUACUCCAGCGGCGUCAACGAAUAAUAGUUUGGAGAAGAGUCCAGGUGGUGGCAGCGUCUCCUAUCAAUGUCUCGGUGUUCAAGAUGCCUCGCCAGAUACAGUGGUUACUCAAUACAGCUUUCCAACAAGGCGAGACGAGCCGGGUCAAACCUCUUCACCGGAUACAGAGGGCGCGAUUCGCGAAAGAAGCAACUCUUGGUCUUUCAAAUCUUCUGCGGAGCGAAACUGCAACAAGUACAAAGUAGAGGACGAGAUACUAGCUGGUGUAAACGUGAAGCCGUUGGUAGCGAUACAUGAACGUUGGAUAUAUGAAGCUAAUAGGAAAACUGGACGAUCUAUGUCCUUACCGGAGGGGAAUAAUAAAUGCUUCCCGCGUCGCCUCGCAGCUGCCGCCACCUCACAUCUUAACACCGGUGGGCAAUGGGAGCAAUUCUGUCAGGCGCGGGAAGCCGUAGCUCGAGGCGUCAACUUCGAACGGAAUCAGGCCCGUCGGCCCGCGCACAGGAUAAGCGAACACAAAGGAAUCGAAACUGAGGAACAGAUGCCCACGUCGGACACGAGAGUGGACCAGGCGACAGAAACGAGAAGUAUAGAAGAGUUCAUAAGAGAUCUGAUCAGGAAGGAGUUCACGCAUCUAUUGCACGAGCUAUCCGAUGACGCCUGCCCUACAGUUAGCAGGAGCGAGGAGAUACUCAACAAGGGCGUCGCAAACAUUAUCGCCAAUUUGAGGAGCGACGAAGACAAGAAAGAGGUUAAAUCUUUCUCUAGAGUGAAGAUCAACGGCAAUAAUAAACCCCUUCUCCAGAUAACGUUCAGCCGGUCGGGGGAGAACAGUUUACAAGUAUUGGACGGUUGUGUUAGUGUGACUGUGCGUGACGGUAGCGUGGUGGGUUUCUCCCCGCCGUGUCCGGCGUCCGGUCAGGGGUCCGGCGCCGUGUCUGGCGCAGCGUCCGGUCAGGUGUCCGAUGCAACGUCCGGUCACGUAUCCGGCGCCGCACCGGACCCCGCCUCCACAGAUGAUGCACAUAUAAACUCUCUCAAGAGAUGCCAGGCUUUCAGCGCGAUUCAGGAAGCUAGAAGCACCGAAGAUUUGUACAUAGAUGAUGACCUAUCAACUCAAAUGCAAGAGAACUUCGGCGGUAAAGUGAAACUGAUUCCGUUGCACGGAUCCCUGCACGAGAUUCUCUGCGAGAAGGAGGACGAAUGCUGCCUCAUCAAAGUGAAGCAGGAGAACGGCUGCGACACCAUAUACUUCCGCUGCGACUCCUCAGAUACAGAGUCACGUGACGCAUUAGACGGCCGCCAUGACCCUCAAGACACGGUCGUCUACAAACGUAGCAUAUCUCUAGUCGAAGAAAGGAUACAGCGCAUAUUCCCCAAAGACAAAAGACCUCAAACGCCAGUCACAUCGAGAACUAUCAAACCUAAAGAAACGAUGAAAGUGCGACCCAAAUCUGAAGUAUUCAUGCAGCAGAACAUAACGAAAGAGACCCGACUGUUGAGCAACAGUAGCCCCUCGUUGAGUAUGAAAGAUGACAGAAAUGACGAAGUGGAAGUCAAUAUAGAGAACGUGAUGUGCUACCAAGACUCCUCUUCGGAAGAAUGCCUCAAGUGCCAAGCGGACAAUGAUGACUUUGAGCUUCUAGAAAAGAAGAUAGAAGAAGACCUCGCUAACAGCAAUCUUUCGUCGAUAGCGUGCGGUUGUUUAGAAAAGAUAUCUGAAGAAAACUUAUCAAUAAUAAACGAAGAAAUUACCGACUAGGAGUGACUUCUAUGUGUUGCAUAGUAGAUACUUCAGAUUAGAAUACAAAGAAAUUCUACUUUAACUAAUAGGAUAUCACUGAAUGAUUCGAUAAGAAAUUAGUCUCUAAUCUAAUGAUGCCUCAUACAUGUUGGGUGAUAAUUAACGACAAUAUUUUGUUUUAUCAACAGGAUUGAUAGCUCGACAAAUCGAAUAUAAUCGUGAAUAGUUUGUGACGCUGGUUGAUUCCGUCCAAAUGAAUGUACACUGGCAAAGGCAUUGUUUACUUAGUCGGUGAUUAAUUAUAACUAACAAUGUGAUUAUGAUGACCAUACUUACAACGUUAAGUACAAUGCAUAAUACUUAUUACUAGUAGAUACAAAUAUUUAUUGAAACCACCAUUAGUGGAAUCUGCUGCAGCAUAUUAAUAUCAGUGAAUAAAAUGAAAAUGCCUAUUCAAGUAAUUUGAUAGUUCAAUUAGACAAGUACAAACUUACUAAUAAUAUGAAUAAUGACCACAUAACAUAACAAGCGCCAAUGUGUGUUAUAUUAUGUAUUUAAUUGUUUGAAUGUAACUUACUCAAUUGGAAUUAAAAUUACGUAACAAUUAUAUUUACUGUAUAAUAUUUAACUCGAUACCUAAUAUGCUCGCAUUUAAAUGUCCCAAAGACAAGUCAUGUGAUAGGUUUUUUUACAUCAUGUUUUAAUUAUUUUUGUCCAUUAGUUUUUAGAAGUACGCAAGGCUAUGUGAUUUCUAGAUUAAGAAGCACCAAACAUUCCACUGUUGUGAUCACUAGGAUUAGUUCUUAGAAUGUCACCUUUGAAAGGCUCUUGCACUGUUUUAAAUCUAUUAUUACCUCACAUUGAUCUUAUUUUGUUAAAACUAUAUUUCUAGUUUCUAACGAUUUAUAAAAUUAUUCAAACGCACCAAAGGUUUUUGUUGCCGCAAUUUUGUCUUAUUUUAAACUUGUAAUUCUUUGAAUACUAAAUUUUUAAAAAGUUAUUUACGAUUUAUUAAAAGCAUAUUUUUUAAACUUAUUGUUACUUAGCCCUUAGUUGAUUUUAGAUUUAAUCGUUAUGAAUAAAACAUUGUACUUU